AUGCUGGUGUUGGAUCUGGGUCACCUUGGCCCCGGCGAUGCGUGGAUCGUGGUGCUUGCAUUGGGCCUCGCCUACGCAGCCUGCUUGACUCUCUACCGGCUCCUGUUCCAUCCGCUCGCCAGAUUCCCCGGCCCGAAGCUGGCAGCCGCCACCUUGUGGUAUGAGUUCUACUACGACGUGGUGAAAAGAGGGCAAUUCACGUUCAAGAUCAAGGAGCUGCAUGACAAGUAUGGCCCCAUCAUCCGCAUCAACCCCCAUGAGAUCCACGUGUACGACCCGGCCUUUUAUGACGACCUGUACACAAACCCGCCGAGAAAGCGCGACAAGUACCAAUGGUGGGUGAACCUGGCGUCCGCCGAGGGCUCUGGCUUCAGUACCCUGGCGCACGACCUGCACCGACUGCGCCGGAGCGUCCUCAACCCUUACUUCUCCAAGGCCAACAUUGUCCGCCUGGAGCCGGUCAUCAUGGCCCGGAUCGAAAAGCUGUCGAAGCGCCUCGCUGUCGCCGCGUCCGGGGACGAAGUCGUUCGGCUCGACGUCGCGUUGAUGGCCUUGACCACAGACACCAUCUCCGAGUACGCGUUUGGUCUGGACCCGCGGUACCUCGACGAGCCGGAUUUCUCGCUCAUGUGGAAGGACACGAUCAAGGGCGGCUUCGAGACGGGGGCCUUGUGUCGGCAAUUCCCCUGGCUGGUGCCUACGAUGAAGCGUCUCCCACCGAGUGUCGUCGCCGCCAUGAACCCCCAAGUGGGCUUCUUGAUGCAGUGGCAGAGCCGUGCCAAAGCAAACGUGCAAAGCAUCCUGGAUGAGAAGCCAUCCGACCGCAAAGAUGGAGUCGGUGCGGGUGCGGAUGCGGACGCAGAUCCGGGACGGCAGACCAUGUUCCAUACCCUCCGCGACAGCGACCUGCCGGCAUCUGAGAAGUCGCUCCAGCGGCUCUGCGACGAGGCGGAGAUCAUCCUGGGGGCCGGUAGCGAGACUACCGCCGCGACGCUCUCUCGAAUCUGGUUCUAUCUGCUCCAGUCACCGUCCAUUCCCGAGAAGCUGCGCGCAGAGCUCCGCACAAUCAUCUCGUCUCCAGAGUCCGCAGUCCCCAAACUCUCGGCCAUCGAGCGUCUGCCGUACCUCUCAGCCAUCAUUAGCGAAGGCCUCCGACUCAGCUACAGCGUGACGACGCGAACGCCACGCAUAGCCCCCACGGAGAUACUCCGGUAUAAAGACUGGUCCAUUCCUCCAGGAACGCCGGUGUCCAUGACCAACGCUCUUGUCCUGAUGAACCCAGCCAUUUUCCCAGAGCCCGAAAAGUUCAGGCCAGAGCGAUGGCUGGACAGCGGUCGCAGUCUCGAGAAAUACCAGGUGGCUUUCUCCAAGGGCUCCCGACAGUGUUUGGGUAUGAAUUUAGCCUAUGCCGAAAUGUUUUUAACACUGGCCACUCUGUGGACCCGCUUUGACUUUGACCUGUACGAAACCACACUGGCCGAUGUCCAUUGGGAUCAUGAUUUCUUCACGGCGUUCCCGCGUGACGAGAGCAAAGGGGUCCGUGUCAAGCCGAGGAAGCGGAAGAGCUAG